AUGAGCGGACUCGAAGCCUUUGGCGCAUCUGCAGCUGCUUUCCAGUUCGCUGAGUUUAUAUUCAAAGCUGCAAAAUACGUCAAGAAGUAUGCUGAAGCUGGAAAGGGCCACUAUGAAAGGCUCGAUAAUUUGUACAGCAAUUUCGCCGGCUUUCAUGACACGUUAAAGAGUGUCUCAACAACAGCAAGCAAUGUUGCGAGAUCAGAUGACGGAAAAGAGCAUGCACGAGAGACUGAACAGAUCAAAAACAUGGUAGCAGAUUGUCGAAGCAUUCUGAUCAGAAUGUUGGAGGUUUCGGGGAAGUUUAAACAGGGCGAAGAAAGCCCUUCCCGCUUUAAGCUUGCAGUACACAGCUGGGUUUAUGACCAGAAUGGCAAAGAGAAAAUUGAUGGCAUGAUACAGGAAAUCAGGGAUGUUACGAUGCGUAUUACAUUGACUUUGACAAUGAUCAAUACAAAUCAGCUUAUUAGCGUCUCGAAGGCCGUCAGAGGGGUGGAACGAACAGCCACUGACAACAUGGUAGUGACGCUCGAGUCUGUAAAAGGUGAUGGCAGUGGUACGACUUCGUCGGUUGAAACGGUCAAGAUCCCACCCCCAGCCUACACAGAAAAACCAGAUUGGGGCCUGAGCAUAUUCACUCAACAAAACUUUGACUUCGAUGCCACCGAUUUAUCAAAGAGUCUUGUAGAUGCCAUCGAAUCCAACAAUUACACUGAAGUCAAAGCCCUCCUCCUAAAGGGAGAAAAUCCUUUAGCAGAGAGCGAGGACUGCUGGUGCGCACUUCACUACGCUGUACGUACCGACAGUAAACGAAUCAUGCGAGCAUUGCUAGCCUCCAAACAAGUUAAAGACCUCACAUGGGGAAUCAACAAAGAAGAUAAAAAUGGCGAGACGCCGCUUCAUCUCGCCGCCUCUUUGGGCAAGAAAAAUAUGCUUAGAGUACUGAUCGAGGGAGGUGCGGACUUCAAUGCGAAGAGCAAGAGUGGCCGGACACCUCUUUUCAAAGCCGUCGAAGGGAAUCAUGAGGAAAUCGUUGAGAUUUUGCUGGAGAAAAAUGCGGUAUUGAAACCUGAUGUGGCACCCCCUGGGAGUUUGGUGCCGAAACGGUUGAAGGAAAUGAGAGUCGCGAUUAAUCACCGGAAACUACAGGUGAGAAAGGGAAAGACUUGA